CCGAGACGCUCCUAUGAAAUUUUUGGGAAUCCUGGUCCAUAUCAAAGUAAGAGUACCUCACGUUUCCGUGAGAUAGAGAUUUAUUGGUGGGGCGGGUGACCUAGCCUGGGGAAUCCGUGUUAGGUCAGUUAUUACUUGACCCUUCCGCCGGCGAGAGCGAGAUCCAAAUCGAGAUUCCUCGACCCCAGGUGUCGUCGAACCAUGGGUCAGCUCAUGCUCAAUCGGGUGAUGUCGAUGCAGCGGGAAAGUCGUCACUUGCAAAUCCAACCCCAUAAUGGACCAGCUGAUUCAACGGUUGACAGAAAGGACUCAACCUGCAAACAAGGCCAUUGUUCCCAAGGUGAUGAAGCACAAUACCCCGGGCCACACCUUCCACAGGAUAUCUGGUGUCAUAUAUGUUCCCUACUGCCAAUGCGAGAUGCUGCUCGAGCUGCUUGCGUGUCUCAUGCAUUUAAACGUUGUUGGAGAUGCUAUCCGAACCUUGCUUUCGAUAUGAUAACAUUGGGCAUAGAUAUAGAAUCAUGUGGAGAGGACGAAAUAGCAAGAAGAUUUACCAGCAAAGUUGACCACAUUUUGAAAAACCGUCCAUGCAUUGCCACCAAGACACUUGAGAUCGUUUUUCGUUUUUACAAUGCUGAAGUCUGUAACAUUGAUAGCUGGUUUCAGAUUGCUGUUACACCGGGGAUCGAAGAACUCAUUGUGGAAUUAUCUUCGAAUUCAGGAAGAUAUUACAACUUUCCGUGGUCGCUUAUAGCUAAUGAGAGUGGAAACUCAAUCCGGCAUCUAAAUAUUUCCCGUUGUGCUUUCUCUCCCACUGGCGGGUUAUGCUUUAAAAGCUUGUCAAGACUUGAGUUGACUGAUGUUGAUAUCACUGGGGACCAGUUGGGGUUCAUUCUUCAGAAUUCUUUUGCUUUACAGCGGAUGCAACUUACGUUUUGCAAUAAGAUAAUUUCCUUAAAGAUACCAUCUCAUCUACAACAACUCAGAUAUUUGGAUGUGUUUGAUGGCGGCAGACUGUUGCGGGUUAUAGAGUUAGAAGCUCCAAACCUUUCUAAUUUCCAGUUUAGGGGACAUCGCAAAGUACAAAUAUCAUUUGGAGUAGGAUUGCAAUUUAAGAAUUUUGAUUUGUCCUUUCCUGGUGUUCUCAGCUAUGUUUGUGCUGAUUUUCCGUCUAGCUUGCGCUAUGUUGAAACUCUUUCUCUAGGUUCAUGUCGUGAGAUGAUUGAUACACCAGUUCUGCCUAGCAAAUUCUUACAUCUCAAGCACUUGAAUGUUGAUCUUAAUACACUGACAUUUCCCUCAACCUAUGACUAUUGUUCUUUGAUAUCCCUUUUGGAUGCUUCUCCUUCUUUGGAGACCCUUGUCAUGAACGUUUUGCAGAAAAAGAUGUUGCAUGAAUCAAUUGUGGGAGAUACAUCACCUUUGAGGCAGAUGCCAGGGCACCGCCAUGAUAGCCUCAAGACAGUGAAGAUUAUUGGUUUCUCCUCUGCGAAGAGCUUAGUAGAGUUAACAUGCCAUAUCAUUGAGAAUACAACGUCACUUGAAGGCCUUACAUUGGACACCACAACAGGACAUCCUUCGUAUAGCUGUUUAACAAACAAUAUUGGAAAGUGCAUGCUGUUGCACGGGGAUUUUAUGGUGGAAGUUCGUAAAGGGCUCUUGGCUAUCAGCACAUAUGUUCAGCCAAAAGUUCCCUCCGGAGUCAAACUAAAUGUUGUGGAGCCUUGCCGCCGAUGCCAUGAUCGACUGCUAUAAUGAUCUUAAACUGCAUAUGCAAGUCAUUUUAAGUUAUGUAUGAUUCCUGUGUAAGUUAAUCUAGAACGUCGAGGAACCUUGCUGCUGCCCGGGUUAUAUACCCCAAACUCAAUGUUUAGCAUUAAACUAUAGGCUCGUGUAUUGCAACUGUUUAUUUUGGAUAAACGAAAUUGUUUGCCAGUUUUA